GAAACUACUUACAAGGUUGCUGAAAAAUCUUCGACAGCCCACGACCGGUUUCGCCCUUCUUGGGGCUCAUCAAUCUACAACUGAAAGUGCUGCACACAGGCCGCAUCAUGAUUCAGUUGGCACGAUAUUCGAGAUAUCGCAGUAUAUUUUCAUAAAAAAACGACUCACAAGGUUGCUGAAAACUCUUCGACAGCCCACGACCGGUUUUACCAUCCUUGGGGCCCAUCAGGUAGGCGCAGUCCCCGAGUUUCCGUCAACUUUAUG